AAACGAAACUAGUUGGAUUGGGCCGUUUCUACAGAAAAGUGCCGUUUCGUUCCCAAAAUUGACUAUCAAGCGAAGAAGCGAUUUGGAGCUCUGUCGCUAAGCUCAGAAACGAGUAUCAAAGGAACCAUCGAGAUCGCCGUAGCAAGAUGGUUUCGAUCGGAAGUAGAAGAAUUUCUUCAGUUUUAUUGUUGUUAAUAUCACUGGCUUCGAUUUCACUUGCUUACAGACCUGGAGACAUUGUUCCUAUGAGCAAAAUGGGUCAAUACCACUCGUCAAGAACUUUGUGGCAAGAUAUGAUUGGUAAACAUUGCCCUAUGUUUGCCGUUAAUCGUGAGGUGCUGAUUCCUAUUCCAAAACCGACAGGUUAUACAGGCGCUGAUCCAUACAAAAUAUCAUUUCAAGUUGGAAGAGAAAAAUUUCUAGUUCCAUGGCUGUUUCUGAUAAAUCGUAAAAGUUCUGAGGUUCCAAUGAUUGAUAUGCAUUUGAGGUACUCUGGGACUGAUCUGCAUGGUGUGACUGCUAAAGUUGUAGACAUGCCUCACCAUUAUGUUGAAAUCCAUCCAAAUAUUCGUAAACAAUUCUGGGAUCCUCAACAUUGGCCUAAGCAUGUUCUUGUAAGAUACACGUGGGAGGAACAAUCAGAAAUUGAUGUUAGUUCUGGAUUCUAUGUGUUGUUUGGUUCAGGGUUGAUGCUAUCUCUUAUUCUCUCCAUCUAUAUCUUGCAAUCAUCACGGGACAAAUUAGCAAGCUUUGUGAGGGAGACUGUUUCAGAAAGCAACAUGCCUGCUGGGGGAGUUGCAAAAGUUGAAUGAGGAACUUCCAAAAUUUUCAACGCACUGCAUCCACAAAUACAGGUUUUUCACUUGUUGGGUUUUAUUCAUUCAACGGGUAACUGUUGGGUAUUUAUGUAGAAAUUGAUGAAGAGCAAUUUUAGAUCCACUGAACUUCAAGGAGACUUGCAAAUUGAUGAAGCGACAAAUUCGGCCCAAGUAGUUGUGUAGUUCGUUUUUUGUAAUAGAGUACACAUUGAAUAGGUGAAUAUUUUCUUGUACACAACAAAUCGUUUUCCUGCACCAAUUGAUGUGCAUCAAAUCUUGCACAAAUAUAUUUCAUGCACAAAAAACUAGCAUAGUUUUUCAAUGAAAUGGAAGAUCAUGCGUCCUGGAUUUGACAGGAUUAAUCUUAUUCCGGAAAA